CCUCCUCCGCGCUGGAGCAGUGCAGUUAUGGCCGACUACAGCAGCGUGGCUCCACCGUCCUCUAACGCCGCUGGAGGAAUGAACGACGCUUUCCAAGACGCACUUCAGCGAGCACGACAGAUUGCAGCAAAGAUUGGCGGAGAUGGUGUAGCGGGAGGCCCCACGAGUGACUUUGGUUACGGAGGGCAGAAAAGGCCCCUGGAGGACGCUGGUGGGUAUUUUCCAAUGCCUAUCCUCAGUGCCGACCAACCAGAGACGAAGAAAGUGGCAACUAAUGACGCUUUUGCAGCCAUGGCAGCAAUGGGUGGCCCUGGAAGGGCGACAAAUGAAGAAAUCAAAGUUCCAGAUGGGAUGGUUGGCUUCAUUAUCGGAAGAGGAGGAGAACAGAUUUCACGGAUACAGCAAGAGUCCGGUUGUAAAAUACAGAUAGCUCCUGACAGUGGGGGGAUGCCAGAGAGGUCAGUGACGUUAACAGGAUCCCCAGACUCUAUCCAAGCAGCUAAGCGGUUGCUACAGGAGAUCGUAGAAAAGGGUCGCCCCACUCCGUCCUUUCACCAUAACGAUGGCGGUCCAGGCAUGUCCGUGCAGGAGAUUAUGGUCCCUGCGUCUAAAGCUGGACUCGUGAUCGGAAAAGGAGGGGAGACCAUCAAGAGCUUACAGGAGCGAGCUGGAGUCAAAAUGGUUAUGAUCCAAGAUGGUCCCCAGAACACAGGCGCAGACAAACCGCUUAGGAUCUCUGGAGAUCCUUUUAAAGUCCAGCAAGCCAAAGAAAUGGUGAUGGAGCUGAUCAGAGACCAGGGCUUCAGGGAGCAGAGGGGAGAGUACGGCUCUCGGGGCGGAGGCGGCGGCGGAGGGGGAGACAGUUUAGAUGUCCCUGUCCCGCGGUUUGCAGUUGGAAUUGUUAUCGGUAGAAAUGGAGAAAUGAUCAAGAAAAUCCAGAACGACACAGGAGUUAGGAUCCAGUUUAAACCAGACGAUGGCAGCACCCCCGACAGAAUAGCACAGAUCAUGGGCCCACCCGACGCGGCCCAACACGCGGCAGAGAUCAUUUCCGACCUGCUCCGGAGCGUCCAGGCGGGAGGACCACCGGGACACGGGGGCAGGGGCCGAGGGAGGGGGCAGGGCAACUGGAACAUGGGCCCCCCCGGAGGACUGCAAGAGUUCAGCUUCACGGUACCAACCAUGAAGACCGGACUGAUUAUCGGCAAAGGUGGAGAGACGAUCAAAGGCAUCAGCCAACAGUCAGGAGCCAGACUGGAGCUGCAGAGAAACCCGCCCCCAAACUCCGACCCCAACGUCAAACUGUUCACCAUCCGAGGAUCGCCCCAACAGAUCGACUACGCCCGGCAGCUGGUCGAGGAGAAGAUCGGGGGUCCAGUGAAUCCCAUGGGAGGCCCACCUGGUCCACACGGCCCCCCAGGACCCCCCGGCCCUCCCGGAGCGCCCAUGGGACCCUACAACCCUGGACCAUACAACCAGGGACCGCCCGGGCCUCAUGGUCCUCCUGGCGCUCCAUACCAGCCUCAGGGAUGGGGCAAUGGUUACCCACACUGGCAGCAAGGGCAGCCUGAUCCAAAUAAAGCAGCGGCCGACGCCAACGCUGCGGCCUGGGCGGCGUAUUACGCUCAGUACGGACAGCAGCCUCAGGCCCCGCCCACCUCCGGAGCUCCAGGCACCUCCCAAACCAAUGGCCAAGGUGACCCUCAGGGCGCAGCUCAGGGCGGACAGACAGAUUACACCAAGGCCUGGGAGGAAUAUUACAAGAAAAUGGGUCAACAGAAUCAGCCGCCACAGGACUACACAAAGGCCUGGGAGGAGUACUAUAAAAAGCAAGGUCAGGCAGCCCCUCAGGCAGCUGCUGCAGCCGCCCCCGCUGCUGCCCCCGGUGGCCAGCCCGACUAUAGCGCCGCGUGGGCCGAGUACUACCGACAACAGGCGGCGUACUACGGCUCGGGCAACCCCCAAGCUCCACAAGCCCCUCAGGGCCAGUAAUGUGAAGUGGACAUAAGUGCAUAUUUGCGUCAAUGUGUCGAAACAAAAUCCUAUGUGAUUGUUUGUUGUGGAUGCUGACGACUUGAUGAAGAUCUUAACUUGGUCCUUGGUUUAUUUAACAGAGGUGAACCAGCCAACGUCCUUUAUAUAGUCCUAUAUUUUUGUUUUUUUUGCUUUUUUCUCCUUGUAAAUCCUUUGUUUUUAGUGGGGUAAAAACUAUUAUACAUUUACGGUCAUUCCAGCUUGUAUCAAAAUGUUUGUAGUCAUUUCUUACCAUGUAAAAAUCAUCUCAGUUUUAAAAAUACCUGUUGUGUUUUUGCAAUAAAACAAAACUAAAACCUGUGUCGGUAAGUUAAAUCUGAAAUAUUCACGGUUCAAAAAGCAUUUCUGUAUUUUUUUAAUUUGAAAUGGGGAAGUUAUUAUUAUUAAAUGUUGAAACUUGUACCGUCCUGUCUCUCCAACUGUCUAUAAAACUAUUUAAAAUGGUUCACGCUUACAAAUUGUCUUGAUAUUUAGUAUUAGAAGCUUGUAGAAUAUGAGUAUAUUUAUGACUACGUGUGGCUUCUUAAUACUGUCAUUGCUUGGUUCUUGCAAAUCGAGGGCUGUUUUUGCAUUGUAAGACUUCUCCUCCACAGCGCAGUGUAGACAAAAGCGGUAAGCAAGUUGUAUUUUUUCCUGAAAGUUGAAUGAAAGUCGAUGAAAUGUUAAAUCGUAGUUGCUCUCUACAUACGUACAUAUUUUUUUGCUGUUUUCCUCCUUGCAGGACAGUGAGGUAAAAAGUACCACUGUAUCCAAUGCAUUGAACUUUUUGUCUCUUGACUUCAUUUGUUCUGACAAAUGUUUUCUGAAUAUUUGAACUCUGCAAAAGUCGUAUUUUUUUUGCUUUUUCGAUUGUUAGUUCUGUCCAAUGCAAAGGCUUGUGUAGAUCUGUAGGGCCGUUGGGGCAGUCUUCACCCGAGUUGAGCGCUCCCAUUGAGUAAGUACACCACUGUGAUGUAUGUUGAAAGAACCUGCCUUUUCCAAUGCUUUACAAUUUGCAAAAGUAUCUAUUUUUGUCAAAUUGCUAUUUCCCUUUGUCCUGGGUAAGUAUUAACGUCCAGGAUUGGCUGUAGUUGUGUCAAAAUUGUUGAACUUUUUGACCUGUUUCUUAGUUUUCUCUCUUAAUACAUGCCCAUAUGUUGCUUAGAAUUAUGUUGGAUGAUAUGAAGUUUGAAUUGAGAUUUUGAAUGUUGGUGGGAAUUGCUCCAAGAUGAAAUGUUUUGUUUGAAAAGUGCCGUUGAAUUUUAUGUUCUUGCAAAGCUGAACUGCCUCUUAACCCAAAGUAUAGCAUGCAUAGGUUUAUAUAUUUACACAUGUUGUCAGCUUUUGUUAGUGGAUCUCAAGCCCAAAUGACCUUCUCCACGAUUGAAAUGUUUUGAAAAAAAAAAAAAAAAAGCACUGCUCUUUUAGGUUGUCGGUAUUUUUUUUGUUGAAUCUGUCAUGUUAUUGAUGGCAUCCAGUUGAUUUUUGCAGUUUCCAUCCCAGAUCCUUGCCUCUUAGGUUCUGCCGCAAAAGCGCAGGUAAGCGAACUCGGAAAAAUGAGCAAAGCAAAUGUUAUUUUUUACAAUGCCACAAAAGCUUACCUGUGUCUCUCUUAAUUAUAACGCCUUGUCUAGAAAUUGCAAUACAAUUCUUCAUUAUUAUUAUUAUCAUAGGCCCAAAUGCUUUGAAUGAUGCAUGAGCUGUUUUUUUUUACAUAACAAAUCAAAACUUUCACUGAAACUUGUAUUUUUUUGAACAUAAUAUAUCUUCUUGCUGGUAAACCUUGACAAUGACUGUAUACAAUUUGAAAUGCAUGCCAAGGUAGUUCGAACCUUAGCUCAUGUGUAUUUCUAUUGGUAUUUUUAUUUGAUUCUUUUGCCCGUAACAUUAUACUAAGUGCAAAUGAUUGAAAUGGCUUCACUUCUCGCUCACAGCGUUGGCGGAGGAUGGAGAGAUUAGGUGCUAGAAAGUCGUAGUUUGCCCCCCUCCCCCUCCCAAAAGAAGUCUGUCAUCAAAACAAGGUAAAACCGAAACAAGCAAAUGAACUUGAAAUGAUUGCAUAGAAAUGAAAUAAUAGAAAUGUGCUCCUUGUCUCUAUGCUUGAAUCGACUCGUUUCUGAACCAAUUCUGUAGAAAGUUGGGUGAGGACAGGAUUUUGUUUUGAAACGGGGGGUUUGCUCGAUACAAAAAAAGGUCAAUUUGGUUUUAUUCUGGUGGUUCCAUUGUACAUAUUUGUGAUUUGCUCUUUCGAUGAGAUGAGUGUUUUCAGAGAUUUCGAGGGGUAGAAGACUGACUUUUGGAGCAUGCCUAUUAGAGGUAAUGGGUAAAGUGGUCUGUAUUCAAUCACAUGUUUUUGAAAUGUUCUGUAAUAAACUGUUAUAAAUGCCUCAA